AAUAUCGUCAAAUGACGCGUCACGGCCCGGACCCUCGUACAUAAUUACACGGACUGCUUACUAUAAAGAGAGAGAGAUAAAUACAGCAUUCACCUGUCAGUCUGUAUAAAACAAUAGCGACCGUCUCGUAUGUGGGGCGUGCAUACUGUUUUCACCUGUAUUUGCUUUCGAGUCUGAUAAAAAGCGGAGCGCCUGAGGCGAACUAUCCAUCUUGUGGGAAACAUUUGAGAAUAAUAAGCGUAGUGACAAACAGGAAUCGGGAGAGUAUCCUACAGCGAGGAAAUGGACGAGCCAGUCGUGGUCAAAAUGGGCACUAUGGAGAGUGAUAUUCCACCACGUGUCUCGGAGAAACGUUUCAAAGUACGGUUCGCCCCGGACCCCACGACCCUUCAGGCAGACCACGCGUUUCUCCCGAGAUUGGUGGAAAAAUCGGGAGCUUGUAAUGUAGAAUCUAGGACCGUUACCGGAAAAAAACUAAAAUUUCUAAACGACAUUUUCACGACUCUAGUGGACACUCCAUGGCGAUUUUUACUACCAAUAUUUUCACUGGCGAUCUUGUUGAGUUGGCUGUUCUUUGCGGCUGUGUUCUAUGCUAUAUCGUCCGUACAUGGAGAUUUCGAGCGGAUCAAGGAGACCGAGAAAUGGAUAGCUUGUGUAGAAAAUACUCCAGACUUUAUCAAUAUGUUGAUGUUUUCUAUGGAAACCCAGACUACCAUCGGCUACGGAACGAGGUAUGUAAAUGACGAAUGUCCAGCCGCUGUAUUCUCGGUAUUGGUACAGUCCAUAAUUGGGGCUUUACUGCAGGCUCUUCUUACCGGAAUGGUCAUAGCUAAGGUCCAGAAACCAAAGAAGCGAGCAAACACUAUUUUGUUCAGUAGAAAUGUUUGUAUAUCAGAAGAAAACAAUGAUAUGUUUUUGUCUAUAAGGGUUGGUGACCUUCAGCGAUCCGACAUGAUUGAUACACAUGCACAUGCAGUUUGCGUUCGUGAUAGAGUGACAAAUGACGAUGAAUUUGUGUCUCACUUCCGGUACGAUCUCGACUUCUCUGCACAAAAGACUAACCCUAGAAUUUCUCUGCGUUGGCCUGUAACUUUGCGACACAGUAUAACUCCAACGAGUCCGUUCUGGAACAACGACGAGGAUGACUUAAGGAGAACUAAUUUUGAAGUGAUUGUGUUCUUACAAGGGACUAUCGAGUCGACAGGAAUGAUGGUCCAGACACGCACAUCAUAUCUUCCAAGUGACUUUCUUUGGGACCGGAAGUUCAAACCAAUGAUGGCUGAAUGGAAGGCAUCUGGAUCUCUCGAGUUUGACUAUUCUCAAUUCCAUGAUACCAGUCCAGCCGUAAAUCCAUCCCCGGGCCGGAACCGGAAGGUGAACCUUUUGGUCCGCUCUCUGUCACCGACAGACUCGUGCUACGGAACAGAGUCGGGUAAUGGGGAAGGUUGUAAUACCGACACAACGGACUCCGGAAGUGAACAAUCCACAACUUACCGAGAAAAUAUCCACAUGCGGAAAAUAUCCGAUAUGAGUCAGGAUAUUAGUAGUUUGUCCGAUUGACGGAACAACUUGAUCUGUUACCGAUGUAGCGCCCGAGUGACGGGAACAGCUUAUCCCAAUAAUGAUGCUGUGUUCGAAUGAGGGAUGCAUUCGUUCAAGAUAUGAUGCAUAUGGUGUCCAAGCGACAAGAAGAACUCGUCCCACGUUCUCGUCCCAGAAACGAUACUCUGUCCGAAUGACGAGAGCAAUUCGUCUCAGUAACGACCUUGUGUCAGAGUGAUGGAGACAACUCGAUCCAGUAACGACCUUGUGUCAGAGUGAAAGGUGCAAAUCGUUCCAAUAAUGACACCGUGUCCGAGUGACGGGGACAAUUCGUCACAAUGUGUCCGAGUGACGGGGACAAUUCGUCACAAUAACAACACCGUGUCCGAACGGGGACAAUUCGUACUAGUAACGAUAUUGUGUUUGAGUGAUGAUAACAAUUCUUACUAGUAUUAUGUACAAAUCGUCUCAGAAACGACACUUUCAGAGUUACAGAAAAAAUGUAUGGUGACAUCUCGCUUCAGUAACGACAUUAUCUACGAGUGACAAAUUGUAACAAUGAAAUGACAUAAUGGCGACAAAAUGUAUAUUAAAUUGACUGAUAAUUUGUUGAAGUGAUUGGAAUUAUUUCUGAGUAAAGGUAAAAGUGUACCUGCAAGAAAGGAAAGGUAUUUUCCGAAUUAUAACAGUGGUUUGUCUGAGUGAUAACAAUGGUCUGUCUGAGUGAUAACAAUGGUUUGUCUGAAUGACAACAAUAGUUUGUCUGAAUGAUAACAAUAGUUUGACUGAGUGAUAACAAUGGUUUGUCUGAAUGAUAACAAUAGUUUGUCUGAGUGAUAACAAUAGUUUGACUGAGUGAUAACACUAGUUUGUCUGAGUGAUAACAAUAGUUUGUCUGAAUGAUAACACUAGUUUGUCUGAGUGAUAACAAUAGUUUGACUGAGUGAUAAGUUGAUAACAAUGGUUUGUCUGAGUGAUAACAAUAGUUUGACUGAGUGAUAACAAUAGUUUUUCUGAGUGAUAACACUAGUUUGUCUGAGUGAUAACAAUAGUUUGUAUGAGUAAUAACAAUGGUUUGUCGGAGUAAUAGCAAUAGAUUGUGGAAUAACAAUAGUUUGUCUGAGUAAUAACACUAGUUUGUCUGAGUGAUAACAAUAGUUUGUCUGAAUGAUAACAAUAGUUUGUCUGAAUGAUGACAAUGGUUUGACUGAGUGAAACAAUAGUUUGAGUGAUAACAAUAGUUUUUUUCUGAGUGAUAACAAUGGUUUGUCUGAGUGAUAACAAUGGUUUGUCUGAGUGAUAACAAUGGUUUGUCUGAGUGAUAACAAUAGUUUGUCUGAGUGAUAACAAUGGUUUGUCUGAGUGAUAACAAUGGUUUGUCUGAGUGAUAACAAUAGUUUGAGUGAUAACAAUAGUUUUUUUCCGAGUGAUAACAAUGGUUUGUCUGAGUGAUAACAAUGGUGUGAAUGAGUUUUACUCUGUUUAUGUGAUAACUUUGUUCCCAAGCUCAUUCUUGUUAAAUAUCACUUAUAUAUAAAUCAUAGGAUAUUGGGACGAACUUGAAUUUCAUUUCAGUUGUAGUUUAGGAUUUGUGAAACCAAAGGAAAACUUCCGCAUCUUUGUGCCAACAAAUAAAGUAUUGUUCGGUAUUA